AAAAGCCAAGUGCAUACUACCAGCAGCAGAUCAGAGCACUUUCUCAGUCCUCUACUGUUUUCAGCCAGUGAUCUUCUCUCCUUGGAUCUUGUGUACUCAAGAAAAGACAAUGCAGAUUGUCAGAAUCCUUCAAAUUUGAUACUCAGCACUGUUGUGAUCUCUUUAUUACUGGAUGUGGAGUCUGGACAUUAGAAUUGAUAUAGUGAAGUACUGCUGUAUUAAAUUGAGGACCAACCUAAAAUCAACAAAGUAACACCAGGCCUAACACAAUCAGGAAAUCUGUGCCUCAGAGUGAAAAGCAGCCAACCUCUCCAUCUUCUGCCCUGUCCCAAAACCUCAAUGUGAUGGUCAUGCUGCUCUUCCCCAUGCAGCUGCUGGUAGUAGCUGUCACUGUUUACCUAGAGCUGGUGAGAUCUGCACAAGGUGGUGCCUACUAUGGGAUCAAGCAGCUGCCACCUCAGGUGCCCCAGUACCAACCCCUUGGACAACAAGUACCUCACAUGCCACUGGGCAAAGAAGGCAUCCCAAUGCAGCACCUGGGCAAGGAGGUACCCCGCAUGCCCUACGGGAAGGAGUACCCCCAUCUGCCCCAGUACAGGAAGGAGGUCCCACAGAUGCCCAUGCUCGGCAAGGAUAUGGCUCCCAAGAAAGAGAAAGAAAUUCCCAUGCGCAGUCUGAGGGGUGAGCAAGGUCCCCCGGGUGAGCCUGGACCAAGAGGGCCACCAGGGCCACCAGGAUUACCAGGUCAUGGUGUACCAGGAGCCAAAGGAAAACCAGGCCCACAAGGAUACCCAGGAAUUGGGAAGCCGGGUUUGCCAGGGAUGCCAGGAAAACCAGGGGUCAUGGGGCCCCCAGGGCCAAGAGGGGAGAUGGGGCCGAAGGGGGAGAUUGGGCCCAUGGGGAUUCCUGGACCACAAGGACCACCAGGGCCUCAUGGGCUUCCUGGCAUAGGGAAGGCGGGUGCUCCGGGGCUGCAGGGGCAACCAGGGCCAAAGGGUGAGCCUGGGAUGAAGGGGCCACCAGGAAUCCCUGGGAUCCCAGGGCCAAAAGGGGAGAAGGGGGUUGGGAUCCCAGGUUUGCCAGGUCUGAAGGGUCCACCUGGGCUUCCUGGUCCCCCUGGCCCCGUAGGACUGCCAGGGGUUGGCAAACCCGGCAUGGUUGGCUUCCCUGGCCCACAGGGACCCCUAGGCAAACCCGGACCCCCAGGAGAGUUGGGGCUGCAGGGGCCUCCAGGGGCCCCUGGGCUCCAAGGCCCUCCCGGCGCGCCUGGUAUUGGCAAACCAGGCCAGGAUGGCAUGCCUGGCCAGCCCGGCUUCCCGGGUGGCAAAGGGGAGCAAGGAUUGCCAGGCCUGCCAGGGCCCCCCGGCCUCCCUGGGGUUGGGAAGCCGGGCUUCCCUGGGCCCAAAGGGGAGCGAGGUGUGGGUGGUCUGCCUGGGCCCCUGGGGCCGAAGGGGGAGAAGGGGCAUGCAGGGCCACCUGGCAUGGGAGGGCCACCAGGGGAACCCGGCCAGCCAGGACUGCCGGGCAUCAUGGGACCCCCGGGGGCCGCUGGUUUCCCAGGACCUAAAGGGGAGGGGGGUGCCGUAGGGCCACCAGGACCAGUCGGCCCCAAAGGGGAACCCGGCCUGCAGGGUUUUCCAGGAAAGCCAGGCUUUCCUGGGGAAGUGGGUGGCCCUGGGCUGCGGGGGCUGCCGGGCCCCACAGGACCCAAGGGGGAAGCCGGACACAAAGGCUUGCCAGGACUGCCGGGUGUCCCGGGGCUUGUGGGGCCAAAGGGUGAGCCCGGGCUCCCCGGAGCCCAGGGGCUUCAGGGCCCCUCGGGCAUCCCGGGCAUCGCGGGACCUAGUGGUCCUAUUGGCCCCCCCGGGCUGCCAGGGGCGAAGGGCGAGCCAGGCAUGCCCGGCCCCCCUGGCUUCCCUGGGGUAGGCAAACCUGGUGCUGCGGGGCUGCAGGGACCCCCGGGAAAACCUGGGGCGCUCGGUCCUCCUGGCCAGCCGGGGCUCCAGGGGCCACCGGGCCCCCCCGGGCCGCCAGGUCCCUCGGUCAUCAUCCCGCCCACUCCACCAGCUGUGGGACAAUACCUGCCUGAGGUGGGACCAGGGAUAGACGGCUUGAAGCCCCCCUACGGCUACAAGGGCAAGACAGACAAGGCUGGCGGCAUUGUUUACGAGAUGCCCGCGUUCACGGCAGAGCUGCUCACGCCCUUCCCCCGAGUCGGGGUGCCCGUGAAGUUCGACAAGCUCCUGUACAACGGCCGGCAGAACUACAAUCCCCAGACGGGAAUCUUCACAUGCGAGAUCCCCGGUGUCUACUAUUUCGCCUACCACGUCCACUGUAAAGGCGCCAACGUGUGGGUGGCGCUGUACAAGAACAACGAGCCGCUCAUGUACACCUACGACGAAUACAAGAAGGGCUUUCUGGACCAGGCUUCGGGCAGUGCCGUGGUGCAGCUGAUGCACGGAGACAAGGUUUACGUUCAGAUGCCAUCCGAGCAGGCAGCAGGACUCUAUGCCGGGCAGUACGUUCAUUCGUCUUUUUCAGGGUAUUUAUUGUAUCCCAUGUAAAGCAAACAGACACACACACACACACACACACACACACACACACACACACCACAAAAUCAAAACCUUUCUCCUCUGCUUCUAACUUUUAUACAACAAAAGGUGCAUUUUAUGACCAUUUGACCAUCUUGUACAAAAACAAAAAUAAUAAAUACAAAGUUUAACAUUAUGCACAGCUAGUUAUAAAAAAAGGUGUGGCAAACAUAUCUAAAGAUGUAUAUCAGGUUCAUAAAUAGUUGUUUUGCACCCAAGGGGGACAUAUUAGCUGUACAUUAUAUAUUUCUGCAAUGCCAUGCUUACUUAAUUUCAUUCACAGUAAUUCACUACUAAAGUUCAAAUCAGUGUAUGUCACUCACUCCUGUUGCAUUGAUCAUAGUUAUGAGACGAAAAACAAGUGACUUAAAGCAGAGUAGGUCAGUCUCGAAUUAUAUUUUAAAAAAUUGAGAGGCUUAUUUGUCUGGGUGGGGGUUUUCUUUGAUUUUUUAUAACCGGUCUACCUGACAAGCAAAGGUUCCCUUAGCUGGAGACUUUUAUUUCCCUUCCCCUGUAAUAAAAUAAUCCUACAUGUGGGAGUUUUUUUCCUGAACAAUUUAUUUAUGAUGGAAGAGAAAUCCUGAUAGCAUGAUCAUUCCCCCCCAGCCUUCUCCAGCAGUCACUGGACCUAAAAUGUCACCAGUGCCUCCAGCAGGCACUGGCUUCACUUCCAAAUGCCACAGCACUUAAAAAGUCUCCGUUCCCUAUUCACACAGCUCAAGUAGAGGAGGUAAAUCUCCCCCAUUUAUUUGUGCCACAUCAUUGAGACAUUUUAGCCAACACAUGGCCAUACUUCCGGGUGGCAUAAAUUUGCUUGGAUUUCUGUGCUUGUACCAAGAAUCCAGUUAGCUUGUCAGAAGAAACACCUAUUCUGCCACUCAGCAAAAGCUGAAUCAGUUUGCUUUUCAAUGACUAGGCAAAGCAGAAGUAGCUUUGUUUGCUUAACUGAUUUACUGCUUGAGAUCAACCAAUAACUUUACUGGCAAUACUGAUCAUGCAAAUUUAUCUGAGAACUUGGUUCUAUCUAAAAACUGAUUUCCAAUCCUUAUUUAUACGUUACCAGUUGUCAAGGAGAACCUGCAGGCCUCAAUACUUUUCUGUACUUGAGGACAGUGACUUCUGUGCAUGAAGUCUCUGUCUGCUCAUCAGUGGUGCUAAAUCUCACCUCAACAAGUGUUCUGUUUCCAAAGGGCAGUGGACCUUGCUGUGGUUCCCUGUACAGUGCUGCACUUCACACAUGGCUGCACUAGUUCAAGGAGUUAAGUGCUCAUCACUUCUUCAGUGUCUUUAGCUACCGCUACUGCUUUUGAUUCAAAAAUGAACUAGAUUUUUUCAUGUAGAACUAAGAUUGGAUUUAACUGGCAUGACCAUUAUUUAAAUGCAGAGUUUAAUGCAGUCUAACAUUGACUAAGGACUCCAGUGAUAUAAUGUGGUGCUUUAUCUCAGAAAUUUUAUGGAAUGGUGGCAGGAAUGGACAAACAGUUUACCAGACACUGGUGACUUCAGUAUGUUCCCAGAAUGUAUGAGAUACGUCAAAAGCAAAUAAUUUUGUAUUUAAAAUUUUUGUACUGAUUUGAAAGAAAUACCUUAUUAAA